UGAUUUAUAUACUUGAAUCAUCCUGUAUGUAGCCCGGUAGAGUUUAGGGUCCCUUGAAUAGGUACAACGUAUUUACGAGCCUCACAGUCGGAACUGUCCCGUCGCGGGACACGGGACUACGGAUUGCUCCUACCAAAGUACACGAUGGACUUCGACGCGAUCCUGGAAGACGUGGGGGAGUUCGGCAACUACCAGAAGCUGGUGAUCUACCUGGUGCUACUACCGGCGGUUCUGCCGUGCGGUUUCCAUGCGUACGCGCAGCUGUUCAUGGCGGCUGACGUUGGCCACUGGUGCCGGGUGCCGGAGCUCGACCAUGUAGCUGAUAUGGAGGUCGUUAAGAACCUCAGUAUACCAUUUGAGCUCAAAAGCGGUAUCCUCCAAUACUCGCAAUGCAGCAUGUACAACCACAACUAUACCGACAUUUUGAAGAACUACCAAAGCCUGGAAGAAGCCAUAUCUAAGGAGACUCACGCCGACAUUGUGCCUUGCAGGAGCGGAUGGACUUACGAUCGGAAUAUUUACAGGAACACAGUAGUUUCUGAGUGGGACCUAGUUUGCAACCAAGACUUCCUGCCAACACUUGGAUUAGUUCUCCUGGCUGCCGGCGGAAUCAUCGGAAACUACAUCUUCGGCUACCUCCAGGACACCAUUGGAAGGAAACCCUCCUUCUUCAUUUAUCUUCUCAUCGAGUGCAUCUUCGGGGUGGCCACUGCAUUUGCCCAAAACUACAUAGUGUGGAUCAUUUAUAGAAUCGGAGUUGGUUUCACCGUGCCAGCUAUAAUGGCAACGCCUUAUGUUUUGGCUAUAGAACUUGUGGGACCUCGAUGCCGGACUCUUUGCACAAUACUUUCCAACAUUGCUUAUUCGCUGGGUCUUAUCAUGCUGGCUGGUGUGGUCUACCUCAUACGGGACUGGAGGCAUCUAGCGUUAGCUACCACACUGCCGUUCGUCUGCUUCUUCUUAUAUCUUUGGCCCAUGCCAGAGAGCCCCCGAUGGCUGCUAGCCAGAGGGCAGUUUGAUAAGGCUGAAGCUAUUUUGAAGAAUAUGGCAAGAAUUAAUGGCAAGUCCCUUCCUGCGAACUACAUGGUCCAUUUGCGUCGUAAAUACGAGUCCGACAAACUCAAACAGGACAUUGAAAGGGAGAAGUCCCGAAAAUACGGCAUUCUAGACCUCUUCAGAACCCCAAACUUGAGGAAGAAAACCAUUAUUAUAACUUUCAUCUGGUUCACAAAUACCAGUGUUUAUGUGGGCUUAUCGUACUAUGCCCCUGUGCUGGGAGGUGAUGAGUUCUUGAACUUCUUUUUGGCUGGCGUGGUCGAGCUGCCGACUUAUUUGUUCUUAUGGCCGUCUAUGGAGAGGCUCGGAAGACGUUGGACUCUAUGUAUGAGCAUGGUAGUUGGAGGUGUGGCCUGUUUGACCACCUUUCUGGUACAACAUGAAACUUACGUGACCCUGGCGUUGUACUGCGUGGGUAAGAUGGGCAUAUCGUCUUCGUUCGUGGUCCUCCCCCUGAUGGCUUCAGAACUGUACCCAACCGUGGUGAGGGGGCUAGGCAUGAGCCUCAGUUCUGUGCUCGGCAUGCUGGGGCCUAUCUUCAUACCGCUAGUCAACUACUUGGGUUCUGACAUCAUGGUGCUCCCGCUGAUCAUCAUGGGCGCCCUGCUAGUGGCCGGAGGCAUUGCUAGCUUACUCCUUCCAGAGACCUUAAACCAGCAUCUACCUCAAACACUGGAAGAUGGAGAGCGAAUGGGCCUCGACACCGAUUUCUGCUGCAACCCACCAGUCAAGGAGACGAGGCAGAACAGUUUAGAAUCCAAAGACAUCCAGUUUGACCAGCAUUGCUCUGCGUGUAACACACUGUGCUCUUGUCAGCUAGUGAGCGUACCGUUAGUGGAAAAUGUAUCUGCGAUCAUUGAAAAGGACAGCGAAAAAGUGGAGUUUAUCAUUGUGAAAUAAAAUCGUAUUUAACAUGAA